UGGGCGACUGGAGGCGCGCCUGGAGUCACCGCCUAGCCCGGCCCCCCCACUCGGGGGAGGCUGGCGUGGGGAUGCCCUACUCCCUCCUCGGACGGGGCGUGGGGCGCGAGGUUUAGGAAGGGAUCGAGGUGGGGCGGGCCGGGUGGACCUCCAAGCACCUGACGGCUGCCCCCGCCAGGGGCGGGCGCUCGGACGUUCGCUAGAAUCGCGGCGUGGGGCGAGGAGGGCGGGGAGGUGUAGCGUGGCGCUUACUCCGCCUUCUAGCCGCCCCGGCGCGGGGCGGAGGCGAGGGGGUUGUCUCAAAAGUCUCUCCUUCCCCUGCAGGGGCGGCGGCAAGUCCCCGCGCGAGCUCAGGGUGUCAGAGGCUGAGGCAGAAGAAGCAAAGUUCCCGGGGCUUCUUCGAGGCCGCUGUCCGGGUUGCCAGUUCGGCUUCCCCCUCCUCGCCAAGGCAAUGGCUUCCAAACUCCUGCGCGCGGUCAUCCUUGGGCCGCCCGGCUCGGGCAAGGGCACCGUGUGUCAGAGGAUCGCCGAGAACUUUGGCCUCCAGCAUCUCUCCAGCGGCCACUUCUUGCGGGAGAACAUCAAGGCCAACACGGGUUUUCCUAGAACAUUAGUUCAGGCCGAAGCCUUGGACAAAAUAUGUGACCUGGACCUAGUGAUCACUUUGAACAUUCCAUUUGAAACGCUCAAAGAUCGUCUCAGCCGACGCUGGAUUCACCCUCCUAGUGGGAGGGUGUAUAACCUGGACUUCAACCCGCCUCAUGUACAUGGGAUCGAUGACAUCACUGGUGAACCAUUGGUACAGCAGGAGGAUGACAAACCUGAAGCAGUUGCUGCCAGACUAAGACAGUACAAGGAUGUGGCAAAACCAGUCAUUGAAUUAUACAAGAGCCGAGGAGUACUCCACCAAUUUUCUGGAACGGAGACUAACAAAAUCUGGCCCUAUGUUUACACACUUUUCUCGAACAAGAUCACACCUAUUCAGUCCAAAGAAGCCUACUGAGCCCUCCAGUGGAAGAACCAGGAAGAUAUGGUCAUCCAUUCAAUUGUAUGUGUAGUGUUGGUGCCAUGUCCCAAUUAGCAGCUAGCUGAGAUAGCUUGCAGCAUCUUUUCUAGUUUAAAUGGUGAACUGCUAUGAAAACUAAUGAAUAGAAAGAGUUAAUGAAGAGGCUCUUCUCUGCCUUUCUAAAAGAGGGGCUACCUGCACAUGUUUAAGACGUCCCUGCACAUGUCUCAAGUCCUUCACAAGAAAGAAAGCAAGUACAGGCUGGAUUUCAAGUGGUGUAUAACCCAAGCUCUAGCUGAUUUUCGACAGCCAUGUUGUUGCCAUAGUGGCCUUUUCACACGUGAUGGUGGUGGUCCCUGGUUCUCCCCAGCCCCCAAAGGCUGUUGAAUCAUAGCACCAGGAGGCCUGAGAAUGCCAAGGGCUGUAGCUGCCUUUGUCCCAGGUUCUCUGGUAUGUGUCCUCCUGGUGACAGUGGGAUUGAAGCUAAGCUCUCAGUGGUUGCUUCUCUGGCCUUGAGUCACUCUCCACAAUUCAUUUUUUCUCUUAGGAAUGACGCCUUCUCUCUGCAUCCAUACUCCAUAGAAUCUCUCCUUUCCAGUCAUCCUGGAAUGAAAGGAUUUGGCUUUUACUACUUUUAUUAGACAUCUGUUUUCUCCCUUCCUAGACUAUUAAGUAAUACAGAUUGUUACUGCUUUUAUCCCUCUCAAAUUCCUUUCUAAGAGCUGAGAGCUAGGGGACUGUGUUGAAUCUCUUUAUGCACUAGGAACUGAGCUAUGUGGAGGGUCUAUUUAAACUGCUGGUCUGACUCUCAUGGGUUGACACUGCUCCUUUCUUUUAUUGUGGCAAAAUAAAACCCUCAGAGUCUUUAGGGAACCCUGAAAAACUGGCAAAUAUUCACCUCCAUAAAUGUUAAAAGAUCAUAUCAUAUCUUAUGUAUGGAAGUAAAUAAGACCAUAUGGAAUUACUGGACUAAAUGAAUAGUUUAGCUUUUUAGUCAAGACAAAAAAAAUGUAUUUUGAAAAUGCUGCUAAAUAUUGAUGCUGACAGUGUUUUUCUCCUGUGAGUGACCCAAGCAUAUUAUAAAUAGAUGGUGAAGGGAAUGGAGCCUGUGGGGUUGAGGAAAACGUUGCACUAGCCACGCCUAGACUGAUGAUGACAGGUUUACGAUGAUGGGAUUUGACAAAAAUCGUAAUUUUUUAUUCUAUUCCAAAGAUGCUUUCUAUAGGGUGGCCAUUAAGUCUAGAAAUAUAGAUCAUACCGUUUUGUCAUUCACUGAAAUGUAGUAUCAGUAAACCAUUUAUUUAAGGAUUUGCCUGGUUUCCAGACUUGGUGGCCAUCUUUUAUAAUUCUUGUUCUCCUCUGGGAAGGACAAUGAAAUUUAUUCCUGUUGCCUUAAAAAUAGAUAUUCCUCUUCAUGCAUCGUGAUUGUCCCCAGGGAGGGUCCUUUACUAUCCCUGGGAGUGACUUUUGUCUAACUCUUCAUACUGGUGAGAAAACAAAAGAAGCCUAUUUCAGCAUAGGUGGUGUUGAAACACAUUAUUUAUUUUCCGAAGAUGUCGCAGUGAAUCCACAGUCAAUUCACUGACCAAUGGAUUCUGUAUGGUAGCCGUACAUCUUCCUUACAAAUACUGCCCCCCACUCUUGCCCGUCUCUCUCCCUUUGUCCCUUCAUGUGAAUGUUCUUUGGCUACCUUAGUGGAAACACAGACCAGUUUCCUCCUUAUCCCCUGAAUCAAAGUGAAAGAAGAUUAUUUACUUUUUAGGUUUAUGCAUUUAAAAUGCCCAGUUCAGGUAUUUGAAACAUCAGUGCAUGAUAGUGACUUUUUAGAAGACUUGUGUUUGAAUGCCAGUUGAUAGGGACAGGGUGAAAAUCAGACAUGCAGAUACAGCUCAGGUUUCCUGGGGAAUCGGGCAAAGAAAAACAAGUCUGCUAUGAGGAAAAUUGCUUCUGCCAUAGAGACAAUUUCCACAAAGUGGGAAAAGUAGAAAGUUAAGGUUAUUAUAUGGAUCAUUCAGAAGAGGAAAGUGUGUGCUUUUUUGGAAGCAGAAAAAUCUUCAGACCUCUUUCUUCACUUCUUUCAAUGUUUAGCAGAUGUUCCAGUGUAACCACUGGCUUUGGAGUUUUUCAAAGAGGCAUGGGAAACGGCCUAGGUGACCCCUGAUUCCAUAUACUCUGCUCCUCCAUCCUUCCCUCCCUUCUCCCUUCCAGCAAAAUAGAUGCUUAGUGCCAGUGUCAGAACCACUCAGUGUGUCUCAACACUGUGCUGUUUCUGAGGUUGCCCUGCAGUUGAGGGCAAUCACCUUUGCUAGGUGAGACCAAUAAAAGCCAAACACUGUUUCUGUGGGCUUUGAAAGAUGAUACUUGUUUCAUGUUCAGUGGCCUAAAAAAUCUGUUUCUGGUUUUCUUCAACAAAGUCUAGUUUUUCCUUCAGUGAUUUUGUAAAAAAAAUAAAAUUUUCUUGAAAAUAUUUUGACAAAGGUCAAAGUAAAGGGAUAUCUUUCUUUAGUUUUCCUUCUACUGCCACACAUGAGGUUCCAUUACAGUUAGGCAAAAAGAGUAGUUUGGCUGGUUUCUAAGAUUCCUACGUGGCCUCACCUUCUGUGACUCUAGCCAGCUCUGCGUUCAGUUUGCUUUCCACUAUCCUGACCGGCUUCCCGCUUACUUGGAACUUGAAAAUAUUGCCGUGUUUAAUACACUCUAACACUAAAGCAAGCAUAUAAUAGGUACCAUUUAUCGAAGGCCUACUGAGUGCUAUGUACAGUUUUAGGACCUUUACAAACAUCUCAUUUACUCUUUCCAGCAUCCUUUGAGAUAGGCACGAUUCCAUGUUUAUAAACAAAGAAGGCGAGGGUCAGAAAAGUAAAGCAUCUUGCCCUGCUCCUGCUGCCAGCGCACAGUGUAGUCAGGACUCAAAGCCAGGUUUUCCUGACUCUGCUCCUGGAUGUUAACUACCUGCGUCCUGUCCCAAGCAAGGCAGGGCACUGAGCUGCUUGGUUUUGCUUAUAUUUCCAAGUGGCCUCAUGUCAAAAAUAGCAGAGUUCACUAUGGUGACGUUCAGCUUUGUAUGGGACUGUUCCCUUUUUUUUUUUUUUAACUUUUGCUUAAGCAAAGGAAGCUGCUAGAGGAGAGUCUGAGCCCUUGAUCCUCCAUAACUACUCAUUUGUAAAUAAAGUGAAAGGCUGUCAAAGUAGACUUGGGUCCAGGCUAAUCUGUGGCAGAGGCAAGCUCAAGGUCUUCACCUACCCUUUCAGUGUCCAUGGCAUUGUGCCCCUGAAGGGACCUUUAUGCUUGAGCCACCCCAGCCGUGGUGCUCACACACAGGCCUGGACUCCUGCGAAUUCACCAGACACUACUCCCUUUGCUUCCCUGACAUCAGAACAAAUCCCUCCCUCACUCCCACCCCGAGACAAGGCCCUGAUAGUAACUGAUCUUCCCUAAAGGGCUAGCAGGUGAACAGAUGGUGACUGAGCCCCUAAUAUAGGGUCAUCCUUGACUUUCAUACUAUCUUCCCUGUAUGACAUUACACGUGAACAUGAUCCUGAAUGCCAAAUCCACACCUUUGUCCACCCUCUGGUGUGGUGGCAGUGCUUAUCAUGCACAGUUCCGGCAGAAAUGGGAUAUUGGCUUCCUGUCUCACCUUCCUUCCACGGGGUCACUUCUGGCAUCCUCCAGCAGCCCAGCUUCACCCAGGCUGUGCCCCUCUCUUUGGUAGGGAAGGGAAAAAGGUAAGAAUAGGCAUAGGUGACAGAGGAUUCUUGGGAGAGAGGUGAUGGUGUGGCCUUUUCUGCCAUUACUAGGUUGUUGACAGGAUAAAUUUAGAUAGAAAGAUGCCUAUAUAAACCCAUAAAUAGGGUUUUUGUAAAAUUUAGUUCACUGGGACCUGAGUUCAAUAUCUGACUUUGGCUAUUUGUUUAAAGAGGUCUUACCAUCUGCUGGGGGUGGGGAGUGUCUUUGCCCAAAUCAUAAAGUCAGCAGACUUCCAAAUAUAUUAAGGUAUCAGCAUAUUCUUGGUAGUUACUGUUUAUUGGUACUCGGUGCUAAGUGUACUGCAUCCAUUGUGUAAUUAAAUCCUCCACAAUUACCCUAUGUAAUAGAUAGUAUUAUCUCAGUGAUCUUGCCUCCUUGUAUUUAAAAACUGAAAUAAUCCUGUCUACUUAACCUUUUCCUUUACCUAUAGGGAUUAAUCAGGAAAUUCAAAAAGGCCUUUUUUGUACAUUGCUGUAGUUUGAGCUCCCUGUUCUCAUGAAUAGGUAAAACAAUAUAUUUGCUCCCACCUGGAAUCCUUGCUUUUGGCUCUGGUGCUGAGACAGGAAAUGGGCACUGGGUGGGUCCUGGUGGUAGUUGCACACUGUAUAUACAGAGGGCAUGUGUCUCAUCUGUACUCUGCUGGGUCACAGGAUCUCGGGAGGCAUUCGUAUCUACCUGAUGAAUUUCAUUUCUUUUCAUUUAAUAGACGAUAUCUUUUCUCACUGCAGUAGUUUUACCAGAAAGGCAAUUCAUAAGACAGAGGUGUAUUCGUAGUAUGAAUUGCUUUCUCUCUAUUCUCCACCAUUCUCAGUACUCCUUGUCUAUUUGGUGUUUCAAAAGAAGAGCCCAGUAGCAGAGACUUCUUUGAAUAAGGGAAUGUGGUCUGGUCAUAAGUUAUCGUCCCUUUCCAUAAAUAACUGACCCAGUCUGGUUUCCAGAUGAAAAGUGUGCAAGACCCAGGUGUCGGGGAACCAUGAAGCUGUAUUUCAACUAUGAGGAAAAAUCUGCUUCCUGCAUCUGUUGAGACGUAAUUACAAGUGUUGAGAAAUGCCGUACCUUAUCUUUUAACAAACUGCACAGUUCUUGCCAAAAUAAAUGCCAUUAUCUGUAUGCUUCAGGGAAUUCCCUAAAUUGGUGUGUGUGUGUGUGUGUGUGUGUGUGUGUGUGUGAGAGAGAGAGAGAGAGAGAGAGAGAGAGAGAAUAUUCAUUCCUUCUUUGGUGAUAAUUAGGCUAUUCCAGAAAGCACAGUGUUAAUUCUUGAAAUAAAAGAUUUUCUAUUUAAACACAUGUCAAAGAGCAGCGCACCUUAAAGAUUCUCCCUGGGGUUGAUGUGUGUCUAACUUCGUUUCAUAAAACCUUUCUCUUCUUCAUUUAAAACUUUGGAUAUAAAGUCAGAAAUGUGUUAAAUAAAAACAAUGUUUUGUGUUUAAUUUAGAGAAGAAUAAAGGGAAGAAAAACAAAAACUCAGUCUUUAUGUAAGCUACAGGGUGUCAGGGCUUAGAGGGCUUUUCUAGUUUUAUGAGAAUUUAUACUACUGAUUUUUAUAUGUUCUUGUUUUUGAGAUGAAUAGAUCUCGGGAAAUUGUUGAGUUACAGAGACAUUUCACUAUGAUCCCUCUCAAGCUUAAAUCAGUUCUCUAACCUAAUGACAACUUGUCUCUGGUUUACUGUCCUGUGAGAUGUCAGCUCCAUUUUCCCAGAAGUCAUGUGUUUACGAUGAGUCAGUGCUUUUCCUCAGUGUGAAAGUUGUCGCCCCUCUUGAUUUCGGUGUAUGUGCUUAAUUCAAAGAUUCUAAACCUGUAGUCUAAUCUGUACAUGCUCUCUUAACUGUUAAUUGUGUUGUUGAUUUUAUCUUGCUUGAAGAUUGAUUCAUACUUUUUAAUUUGAUAGAAAUAAAGUUUUUUUUUUCCGCUUA